AUGGCCGCUCUACGGGAAACCUCCCAAAUGACUCGGGCUAUUUGCAGGCAGCGCUCUCCGUGGCAAUUGAGUCCCUUUGUCAUCCAGCGAUGCUCAUCCACCAGCACCGCGAAGCCUGAGCUGGCCGAUCUCGAGCCCAGCUCGUCCCUGGCUGCGCCAGGCCCCGACGAUGCUGCCGUGAAAGCUUUCGACACGGCAAAGCGUAUAUCCGAAAGACCGCAACAGCUUCCUGGAAACAGAUACCAGUACCAUCCCCCUAAGUUCGACAGAGGCCCUCUGCACCCGAUUCAAUCACCGCCCUCCACCGAUCCCACAGCAAGAGACUUCGUUCCCGGACCGUUCAACAUUCCGCGGCUGCGUCAGACCUACGAUGCGACCAUCGCCUCCGACCUUCUCACAUUGACCUACCUACACAAGCCCCCCGGAACACCAGAGCGUGAGGUGCGGGAGCGGUUAAGGGCGUGGGACGACUCUUCGCCGUACAACAAGAACCGUCCCCUCCGCGGCCCCAGAGGUGGAAGCAAGCUGGAUGUGCUGGAGAGGAACAUUAACUGGCGUAGCAUUCCUGAGAUCAAGGCCGUCUCGGUGCACGCCUUCAUGCCCACGGCCCCCAAGGUCCCCGGAACGCUGCAUGUCGCCCGCUCCAUCAUCCAGUCCAUCAGCGGCAACUGCCCCGAGGUCACCAAGACCAAGAACAACGUCAUCGAUUGGAAGAUUCGCAAGGGAGACAAAAACGGUGUCAAGACGACCAUGUAUGGCAACCAGGCAUAUGAGUUCGUCGACAAGUUGAUCAACCUCGUCCUACCCAAGAUUAAAGACUGGCCCGGCGUCAACGCCAGCACGGGUGAUGGCAACGGCGGUUUGGCCCUCGGUCUGAAGCCCGAUGAUCUGGCUUGGUUCCCCGAGCUCCAGAUCAACUGGGACAUGUACCCUGCUAAGCUCAUUCCAGGUUGCCAUAUUUUCAUCCAGACGACAGCCACAUCGAACCGUCAGGCCAGACUUUUGCUCCAGGCCCUCGGCCUUCCCUUUUACGGAAAGUUUAAGGAUUAA